GGCGGGGCAAGGGCCAGCACCGGAGAGCCCCCUCCCACCGCCCCCUCCCCUUCCUAAGGAAAAGGCCUGGGCUCUGCUCCGAGGGCCAGAGCGGAGGCGAGGCUGACAUGGGCAAUUUGAAGAGUGUGGGCCAGGAGCCGGGGCCUCCCUGCGGCCUGGGGCUGGGGCUGGGCCUGGGCCUGUGUGGCAAGCAGGGCCCAGCCUCCCCGACAGCAGAGCCCGGCAGGGCACCGGCACCCGCACCCCCACCCCCACCCGCGCCAGACCGCAGCAGUCCCCCGCUCACCAAGCCCCCGGAGGGGCCCAAGUUCCCUCGUGUGAAGAACUGGGAGGUGGGGAGCAUCACUUACGACACCCUGAGUGCCCAGGCACAGCAGGAGGGGCCCUGCACCCCUAGACGCUGCCUGGGCUCCCUGGUUUUUCCACGGAAACUGCAGAGCCGGCCCUCCCAGGACCCACCACCCACUGAGCAGCUGCUGAGCCAGGCCAGGGACUUCAUCAACCAGUACUACAGCUCCAUCAAGAGGAGUGGCUCCCAGGCCCAUGAGCAGAGGCUUCAGGAGGUGGAAGCCGAGAUAGCAGCCGCAGGCACAUACCAGCUUCGGGAGAGCGAGCUGGUGUUCGGGGCUAAGCAGGCUUGGAGAAAUGCACCCCGCUGCGUGGGCCGGAUCCAGUGGGGGAAGCUGCAGGUGUUUGAUGCCCGGGAUUGCAACUCUGCCCAGGAGAUGUUCACCUACAUCUGCAACCACAUCAAGUACGCCACCAACCGGGGCAACCUCCGCUCGGCCAUCACAGUGUUCCCCCAGCGCGCCCCAGGCCGCGGAGACUUCCGAAUCUGGAACAGCCAACUGGUGCGCUACGCGGGGUACAGGCAGCAGGAUGGCUCCGUGCGGGGGGACCCAGCCAACGUGGAGAUCACUGAGCUCUGCAUCCAGCACGGCUGGACCCCGGGAAACGGCCGCUUUGACGUACUGCCCCUACUGCUCCAGGCCCCAGAUGAGCCCCCGGAACUCUUUGCCCUGCCCCCCGAGCUGGUCCUCGAGGUGCCCCUGGAGCACCCCACGCUGGAGUGGUUUGCGGCCCUGGGCCUGCGCUGGUACGCCCUCCCGGCGGUGAGCAACAUGCUGCUGGAAAUUGGGGGGCUGGAGUUCCCCGCGGCCCCUUUCAGCGGCUGGUACAUGAGCACUGAGAUCGGCACGCGGAACCUGUGUGACCCGCACCGAUACAACAUCCUGGAGGAUGUGGCCGUCUGCAUGGACUUGGAUACCCGGACCACCUCAUCCCUGUGGAAAGACAAGGCAGCCGUGGAAAUCAACUUGGCCGUGCUGCACAGUUACCAGCUGGCCAAAGUGACCAUCGUGGACCACCAUGCUGCCACGGCCUCCUUCAUGAAGCACCUGGAGAAUGAGCAGAAGGCUAGGGGGGGCUGCCCUGCCGACUGGGCCUGGAUCGUGCCCCCCAUCUCCGGCAGCCUCACCCCUGUGUUCCAUCAGGAGAUGGUCAACUAUGUCCUGUCCCCUGCCUUCCACUAUCAGCCAGACCCGUGGAAGGGAAGUGGGUCCAAGGGUGCCGGCAUCACCAGGAAGAAGACCUUUAAGGAAGUGGCCAAUGCGGUGAAGAUCUCUGCCUCACUCAUGGGCACCGUGAUGGCAAAGCGAGUAAAGGCAACAAUCCUGUAUGGCUCCGAGACCGGCCGGGCCCAGAGCUAUGCACAGCAGCUGGGGAGACUCUUCCGGAAGGCUUUCGAUCCCCGGGUCCUGUGCAUGGAUGAGUAUGAUGUCGUGUCCCUCGAGCAUGAGACGCUAGUGCUGGUCGUGACCAGCACAUUCGGGAAUGGUGAUCCCCCAGAGAAUGGAGAGAGUUUUGCGGCAGCCCUGAUGGAAAUGUCUGGUCCCUACAACAGCUCCCCUCGGCCAGAACAACACAGGAGUUACAAAAUCCGCUUCAACAGUGUCUCCUGCUCAGACCCGCUGGUGUCCUCCUGGAGGCGGAAGAGAAAGGAGUCCAGUAACACAGACAGUGCAGGGGCACUGGGUACCCUCAGGUUCUGUGUGUUCGGGCUGGGCUCCCGGGCGUACCCCCACUUCUGUGCCUUUGCCCGUGCGGUGGACACACGGCUGGAGGAGCUGGGUGGCGAACGGCUGCUGCAGCUGGGCCAGGGAGAUGAGCUGUGUGGCCAGGAGGAGGCCUUCCGUGGCUGGGCCCAGGCCGCCUUCCAGGCCUCCUGUGAGACGUUCUGCGUGGGAGAGGACGCCAAGGCUGCCGCCAGGGACAUAUUCAGCGCCAAACGGAGCUGGAAGCGCCAAAGAUACCGGCUCAGCACCCAGGCGGAGGGCCUCCAGCUGCUGCCAGGCCUGAUCUAUGUGCACAGGAGGAAGAUGUUCCAGGCUGCUAUCCUCUCGGUCGAAAACCUGCAGAGCAGCAAGUCCACCCGGGCCACGAUCCUGGUGCGCCUGGACACCGGAGGCCAGGAGGGGCUGCACUACCAGCCGGGGGACCACGUAGGCAUCUGCCCGCCCAACCGCCCAGGCCUCGUGGAGGCGCUGCUGAGCCGUGUGGAGGACCCACCUCCGCCAGGAGAGCCCGUGGCCGUGGAGCAGCUGGAGAAGGGCAGCCCUGGUGGCCCACCCCCCAGCUGGGUUCGGGACCCCCGGCUGCCCCCCUGCACGCUGCGCCAGGCUCUCACCUUCUUCCUGGACAUCACCUCCCCGCCCAGCCCUCAACUCCUUCGACUGCUCAGCACCCUGGCGGAAGAGUCCAGUGAACAGCAGGAGCUGGAGAGCCUCAGCCAGGACCCCCGGCGCUACGAGGAAUGGAAGUGGUUCCGGUGCCCCACGCUGCUGGAGGCGCUGGAACAGUUCCCGUCCGUGGCGCUGCCUGCCCCCCUGCUCCUCACCCAGCUGCCCCUGCUCCAGCCCCGGUACUACUCCGUCAGCUCGGCGCCCAGCGCCCACCCGGGAGAGAUUCACCUCACGGUGGCCGUGCUGGCGUACAGGACCCAGGAUGGACUGGGCCCCCUGCACUAUGGAGUCUGCUCCACAUGGCUGAGCCAGCUGAAGGCCGGAGAUCCCGUACCUUGCUUCAUCAGGGGGGCUCCCUCCUUCCGGCUGCCGCCUGAUCCCAGCUUGCCCUGCAUCCUAGUGGGCCCUGGCACAGGUAUUGCCCCCUUCCGGGGAUUUUGGCAGGAGCGGCUGCACGACAUUGACAGCAAAGGGCUGCAGCCGGCCCCCAUGACCUUGGUGUUCGGCUGCCGAUGCUCCCAGCUCGACCACCUCUACCGCGACGAGGUGCAGGAUGCCCAGCAGCGCGGGGUUUUUGGACGCGUCCUGACCGCCUUCUCUCGGGAGCCCGACUGCCCUAAGACCUACGUGCAGGACAUCCUGCGGACGGAGCUGGCGGCUGAGGUGCACCGCGUGCUGUGCCUCGAGCGGGGCCACAUGUUUGUGUGCGGCGACGUCACCAUGGCAACCAGCGUCCUGCAGACGGUGCAGCGAAUCCUAGCGACGGAGGGCGACAUGGAGCUGGACGAGGCCGGCGACGUCAUCGGCGUGCUGCGGGAUCAGCAACGCUAUCACGAGGACAUUUUCGGGCUCACACUGCGCACCCAGGAGGUGACUAGCCGCAUACGCACCCAGAGCUUUUCCCUGCAGGAGCGGCAUCUGCGCGGCGCAGUGCCCUGGGCGUUCGACCCUCCCGGCCCAGACACCCACAGUCCCUGAGAGCCCCUCUUGCUUUCCAUCCCAGUUCCAGGAGAGGGGCCGUCGGUCUACUCUGGUUCUGCCGCUCUCCUGUCGGUGUUACCAGACCAGCCACCUCUCCCUCCCCUCCCGAGGUGCCGUCCCACCUCUAUCCAGAGACUGCCCACGUAUUCCAGGGGAUGAGGGAAGUGUCUCUCUCUAGGUCUGUUUACCUGCCCCAGGUCCGGAGGGUCCCUCCCAGCAGUGAUAUUCCCGGGCCUACUGUCACCCCCUUUUUGUGUUCAUUAGGUGAGUUUUAGGUUCCCCUUACCUUCCUCGGGAGUAUCUUAUCUCGAAUCCUAAUCUCUAAAUCAUUAAAAUAUUUAUUAUUGAAAAUUCA